CACCUUAUUUCAAUGCUGAGUGUGGCACUUUAUAUUUUAUGGGGUGUUAUCACAUAUGCACGACAACAACGGGGCCAAAUCCAGAGUUUAAUUUGAAUUUCGACAUGUGAUCCUGAAGUGAAGAAGAGGAUGAACCACGUUGCUAGGCAACACGAGCGUAAUCCCCACACGGCAAUGAAAUCACAGAUGUUUCAUUAGCUAGUGGCUAACGUUAGCUCGGUUGAUGCUCUUCGUUCACCUUAUGCUAUUCUUUGAUUACAAUUUUAGACAGCGAAGAGGUGUCUUUUGUUUUCGUAUCUGUUGGUUCACUGUUAGCUAGAUAGCCAGCCACACAGCUAAGCUAAUUCUAGCUAGAACAUUUAUAAUAGUAAUAACGUUAGCUAACGUGUAGCUAAUUUACGUUAGUGUUGUUUUCUAGCUAUAAUCAAUUUCUCCAUACUGAACAGUGACAUUAUGCAAGAGUAACUGCUGUGCCGUCAUGAUUCUGUCUCGGGUGAAGCCAGCAGUAGGUGGAGAUUCUGCAGCUAGCGUCAGUGAGAAGAAGAAGAAAAACAAAGCCAAGAAGAGCCCUCGCCUGGAGGAAUACCUCAACCAGAGAGACUACCUUGGGGCACAAACUCUGUUAGAGUUUCAGCGAGAUGUUGGAGAAAAAGAGGAGCAUGCAGACCUUUGGAUUGGCUACUGUGCCUUUCACUUGGGUGAUUACAAGAGAGCAAUGGAGGAGUACAGGGCCUUGACACUCAGGUUAGAAGAACCAGGGGAGGUGUGGGUGUAUCUGGCCUGCACUCAGUUUUUCCUGGGGCUCUACAGAGAGGCAGAGGAGGCUGCAAACAAGGCUCCAAAGUGUGCACUUCAGAAUCGCCUGCUCUUCCACUUGGCUCAUAAGUUCAACGAUGAGAAGAAGCUGAUGGGUUUCCACCAGAACCUGGAGGAUGUGACUGAGGACCAGCUGAGCCUGGCCUCCAUCCACUACAUGAGGUCACACUACCAGGAGGCCAUCGACAUCUACAAACGCAUCCUGCUACAGAAUAGAGAUUUCCUGGCUCUUAACGUGUACGUAGCGCUGUGCUACUACAAGUUGGACUACUAUGAUGUUUCCCAAGAGGUGUUGGCUGUGUAUCUGCAGAGUAUUCCUGAAUCCACCAUCGCUCUCAACCUCAAGGCCUGCAACCACUUCAGGCUGUAUAACGGCAAGGCAGCCGAGGCUGAGUUAAAGAACCUCAUAGACAUCUCCUCCUGCUCCUUUGAGUUUGCUAAGGAGCUUAUCCGGCAUAACCUGGUGGUGUUUCGUGGUGGGGAGGGGGCGUUGCAGGUGCUACCCCCAUUGAUUGAUGUCAUCUCUGAGGCUCGGUUGAACCUGGUCAUCUACUACCUCAGACAAGAUGAUGUUCAAGAGGCUUACACCCUCAUAAAAGACUUGGAGCCAACCACACCACAGGAGUACAUUUUGAAAGGAGUGGUGAAUGCUGCUUUGGGUCAAGAAAUUGGAUCGAGAGAUCACCUGAAGAUCGCUCAACAGUUCUUCCAGCUGGUCGGAGGCUCAGCCAGCGAAUGCGACACGAUACCUGGAAGACAGUGUAUGGCUUCCUGUUUCUUCCUUCUGAGGCAGUUUGAAGACGUUCUCAUCUACCUCAACUCAGUCAAGAGUUACUUCUAUACCGAGGAUAUGUUCAAUUUCAACUACGCCCAGGCCAAAGCUGCCUUGGGCAACUACAAAGAAGCAGAGGAGAUAUUUCUGCUGAUCCAGGGUGAGAAGAUGAAGACUGACUAUGUAUACCUGAGCUGGCUGACUCGCUGCUACAUCAUGAACCAGAAAGGCCGGCUAGCCUGGGAGCUGUAUCUGAAGAUGGGGGCUUCGCCAGACUCCUUCACCCUCCUACAACUCAUUGCCAACGACUGCUAUAAGAUGGGUCAGUUCUACUGGGCAGCCAAAGCAUUCGAUACUCUGGAGAAACUGGAUCCCGACUCCAACUACUGGGAGGGCAAGAGAGGGGCCUGUGUCGGAAUCUUCCAGCUCAUUCUGGCAGGCAGAGAGCCAAAGGAAACCUUGAAGGAGGUGCUGCCCCUGUUGAGGAGCACACAGAACCCCCAGGUGGAGUACAUUAUCAGAGCUCUGAGGAAAUGGGCCAAAGACAACCGGGUUCCUCUGAUAUAGCAAUGUCAUAACGUGCUUAACUCACAUAAUACACUUAUUACAUUAUAUAUGUGGUUUACAUGUACAUUUUUUUAUCUGACACUUUACUAGUGAAAAUCUCUAAAAUAACAUGUUCUCAUGAGUCAAGCACAAUGUGUAUUGAUGUGCUUUAUUGUACAUGUGUCACAGUAUUUAUAUCAUGUAAUACAUGUUUUAUUUGCAAUGUAUAUAAUUCUGUACAAUCUCACCAAUCAAUUGUAUUCAAAUGUUUAUUUUGUAUUACUCAAAUGAUGCUGAUACAAGUAUUAAACAGUAUUCUCUUUAUAAA